UCACUUUCCUCUUACUUUUCUUUUGUGUUUGACCCAACAACACAUCUGAGUUUUAACAGGGACCGCAGGUGUUUGUGGAUCGUUUUAAACCACGAGUUUUUCUGCGUUAACACUCGGUCAUCUCGUGCGUAAAAGCAUCCAUCAUUCCUCCAUCUAUCCACACGGAUGUGCAGCCUCAAGGAGAGGAUAUGUACCAGGGCAUAAUGACCACCAACCACGGACCCCCUUCCUAUGAGGCCGGAUUUCUGCACAACGCCUCGGCGGGCACCUCCCCGGUUUAUGUGCCCACGACACGGGUCGUCACCCCCAUGAUCCCGGCGCUGCCUUACCUCCAGACGCCCGGCGCGUCGCAGCAGAGCAGCCCCGUGUCGAGCCACUCCGCCUGGGCGCAGCCGGGCGCAGACUCGGUGCCCUCGUACAACCACUCCCCGGUGUCUCCGCGCUUCACCUUCUCCACCAGCCCACCUAUGUCCUCCGGGGUGGCCGCGGCCCGGGAGACAGCAGCCUCUUACGCCAGCCCGCUAAACAUCUCUGCGAACGGCAGGGAGCACUACGGAGCCCGGGGCCUCAGCGGGUCGUACCACAGCCCGUACACGGCCUACAUGAGCCCGAACAUGGGCGGGACGUGGCCGGCGUCCCCUUUCGAUAGCCAGGUCCUCCACGGUCUCCAAACCGGUGCUACUCCAACACGGCAUCCAAACAUAGGUGAGCAAGGGGAAAGUAAAACGCUUUUUUAA